AUGAGUGGCCGGGGGUUCGAGCAAUCAACUGCUCUACCCGAGCAAAUUGGGGAAGUGACAGAUUAUACAGUGAGCAGUAAUCUUCUAGCGACACUAUCAAAAUUGGAGAGCGUCAUCAGUACAAUGGAAGUGCGAGGCCUACAGAAUGACCCCCGACACGCGAAAGCACGAAGUUUGAAGCAGAUACUUCAAGCAGGACCACCUCCAUCAUGUUCUGGCAGUAUGAGUUCAAACAGUUCCAUAGGAAUCACCGAACUAACACCUCUUCAAUUAAAGCAGCUAAGAGCUCAAGUCGCAGCAUACCGUCAUUUGGCUCGAAAUGAAAACGUCCCAGAUUAUUUAAUUUCCAGUGCUGUUAAACUCCCACCGAAACAAACCACGUUACUACCAGAGCCAUACAAGUAUCCCGGAGAAGCUGAAAAUGGAGAGAAGCUACCGUAUGAUUUGAUGAAGGUUCUAUCAAUUCAUCAAUCUCGUUUCAAUCGCCAAACGGAACUUCAAGUCCCUCCUGGAGUCGAUCCUUUCAAAAUGUUAACUCAACGUGAAAACAUGAUUCAGAACAGAAUUGGGCUUCGUAUGAAAUCACUCAGUAAUCUUCCCGCUGAUAUUCCAGAGCAUAUACGAUUGAAGGCGGAAAUCGAAUUACGUGCACUACGAUUGACUAACUUACAAAUUCAUGUAAGAGUGGAUUUCGAAUCAAACGUAUUUCAAGUUUCAGCUCUCGAUCCUGCUAUUUAUCGUCGCACAAAACGCCAGACUCUUCGCGAAGCUCGUCUAACUGAAACAUUGGAAAAACAGCUGAAAAUGGAUCAAGAGAAGAGGAGAAGAGAGAAACAUUCCAACUUGAUGCACUCUAUUGUACAACAUUUCAGGGACUUUAAGGAGUACCACAGAAACAAUGCAGCUAAAAUCUCUAAAACGCAGAAGGCUAUCAAGCUUCAUCAUCAGAAAUACGAGGCGGAACGCAAGAAAGAUGAAGCUCGUAAUGAGAAGCUUCGUAUGCAAAAGCUUAUGCAAGAAGAUGAAGAAGGAUAUCGUGCGCUUCUGGAUGAGAAAAAAGAUCAGCGCCUUGUGUACCUUCUUCAACAAACCGAUGAAUAUGUUGAUUCUCUUUGUUCACUGGUCCGUCAACAUCAAACAACAGAGAAAAAGAAAAAGAAGGAUGACAAAAAGUUUGAAAGAAGCCAAAUGGACGACGAAGCAAGAGUUCAUGUGAGGGAGAUCAGCACUGGAAAAAUUAUUACAGGUGAUCAUGCUCCGAAACCUGAAGAAGUUGAAUUCUGGCUGGAAACUCAUCCGGGGUACGAGUUGAUCCCACGUGAUCAGCUCAGUGAUGACGACGAAGAUGAUAAUGAGACACAUGUCGUUGAAGAACGAGUAGAAGAAAAAGACGAUCAGUAUGCUGGAAUGGACGACGAAACAAAGGCGAAGAUGAUAAUUGAGAAAGCAAGAAAUGAAGAAGACGAAUAUGAUCAAAGAACGAAAAAGCAAAUGGCCGACUAUUAUGCAACAGCUCACAGAAUCAAAGAAAAGAUUGUUAAACAACACGCUACAAUGGGUGGUGGUAAUCCUAAUCUUCAACUGAAACCGUAUCAACUGAAGGGUUUGGAAUGGAUGAUUUCGCUACAUAACAAUAAUUUGAAUGGAAUUCUUGCCGACGAAAUGGGUUUAGGAAAAACAAUUCAAACCAUCUCCCUUAUUACUUACUUGAUGGAAGUGAAGCAAAACAAUGGUCCAUACCUCGUAAUUGUGCCGUUGUCUACUCUUUCCAAUUGGCAGUCCGAAUUUGCCAAAUGGGCACCAUCUGUGACCGCGGUCAUCUACAAAGGUACAAAAGAUGCUCGUCGUCGAGUUGAAGCCCAGAUCAGAAAGGGUGCUUUCAACGUGUUGAUGACUACCUACGAAUACGUCAUCAGAGAAAAAGCAUUACUUGGAAAAAUUCGCUGGAAAUAUAUGAUCAUCGAUGAAGGUCAUCGUCUGAAAAAUCACAAUUGCAAACUUACCGUCAUGUUAAAUGCACAUUUCCAUGCUCAACAUCGCAUUUUGCUCACUGGAACACCUCUUCAAAACAAACUUCCUGAACUGUGGGCACUUCUCAACUUCUUGCUUCCAAAGAUUUUUUCAUCUUGUGGAACUUUCGAACAAUGGUUUAAUGCUCCUUUCGCAACGACUGGUGAGAAAGUGGAAUUGAAUCAAGAAGAGACUAUGCUGAUUAUCAGAAGGUUGCACAAAGUAUUGCGCCCAUUUUUGCUGAGACGUCUCAAAAAAGAAGUGGAGUCGCAGCUACCUGACAAAACUGAAUAUGUUAUCAAAUGUGAUAUGUCAGCUCUUCAAAAGAUUAUGUAUCGAUCUAUGAAAAAUGGAGUACUCCUAGAUGGUAAAACUUCAUCUGGAGCUCGUUCUUUGAUGAACACCAUUGUUCAACUUCGCAAACUUUGCAAUCAUCCGUUCCUCUUUCCAACCAUUGAGGAAUCAUGUCGAACAUCCUGGAAAGUCAAUCAUGUUGGUGGACUUGAUUUGAUGCGAGUGGCUGGAAAAUUAGAACUUCUCGAUCGUAUUCUUCCAAAACUCAAAGCAACCGGUCACCGUGUGCUUAUGUUUUUCCAAAUGACAUCUAUGAUGACAAUUUUCGAGGACUACUUAAACUUCAGAAAUCAUACAUAUCUCCGUCUAGAUGGUUCAACGAAACCCGAUGAACGUGGAGACCUACUGACUCUGUACAACGCACCAGAUAGCAAAUACUUUCUUUUCAUGCUUUCAACCAGAGCCGGAGGUCUUGGUCUCAACUUGCAGACCGCUGAUACUGUCAUUAUUUUCGAUUCGGAUUGGAAUCCUCAUCAGGAUAUGCAGGCGCAGGAUCGAGCUCAUCGUAUUGGUCAGAAGAAGGAAGUUCGAGUACUUCGUCUAAUCACAGCCAACUCUGUCGAAGAAAAGAUUCUUGCCGCAGCUCGAUAUAAGUUGAACGUCGAUGAGAAAGUCAUUCAAGCAGGAAAGUUCGAUCAACGUUCGACUGGAGCUGAAAGGAAGCAAAUGCUUGAAGAUAUCAUUCGGGCAGACGGCGAGGAGGAAGAAGAUGAGGAACUUCCAGACGAUGAGUCUGUAAAUCAGAUGGUCGCACGUUCUGAAGACGAAUUCAACAUUUUUCAAGAUAUGGAUAUCGCUCGUCGACGUGAAGAAGCUCAUCAAAAAAACAGGAAGCCACGUCUCCUAGAAGAAGAAGAAAUUCCUGAGAACCUAGUGAAACUGACAUGCGAUUAUGAAGAAAUGGAAAAAGCUAGGGAAGAAGGUCGAGAGAUUGUCGAAGAAACUCCAAAUCAGAGAAGACGACGCAAAGAGAUUGACUACGCUACCGAUCUGAUGACUGAAGAGCAGUUUAUGCAACGUGUUGAAGAGAUUGAAGAUGAGAAUGAGCGGACUAUCGCCGAAAGAAAAAAACAACGGAAGAGAAAAAUGGCCGGACUCGGUGAAAACGACGACUCAAUGGACGACAUUGUCAUGCAGCAGAAAAGGAUAAAACCAGAUAUUGAGUUGCAAAGCAAAGUCAACCAAAUGUUGGCAGUUAUUUUGGAAUACACCGAUGAGGACGGGGAAGUUAUCGCGGAACCUUUCCAAACUCUCCCAACUAAAAGAGAGCUUCCUGAGUACUAUAAGGAAAUUUCACAGCCAAUGGAUUUUGAUCGCAUCAACAGAAAACUUCAAACUGGACGAUACGCAACAAUAGACGAAGUAAAUGAUGAUAUGAUAUUGCUAGUUAACAAUGCGCAAACGUUCAAUGAAGAGGACAGUGAAAUUUAUGAUAACUCCAAAAUUAUAGCAAGGAUGUGGAAGGAACAGUAUGAUAAAGUCAAAAGUGCAUCGAAGCCAGCAGUGGUUAUCAAACAAGAACCACAAAGUUCGCACACUGUCCCUUCGCAAAAAACUAAUUUAGGAUCUCCCAGUGAAGCUCCCCCACUUAAAAGAAUCAAGCGGGAAGUACAUGAUGAGUUCAUGGACGAAGAACAGCCUUCAACGUCGGAGUACCGUGCAGCUAAUCGAAAUCCGGAUGAACGCGGUGAUUAUGACUACGAGUGA